AUGGCAACCAACAUCACCUGGCACCCUAAUCUAACUUACUCGGAGCGUAAGGCUUUGAGGAAUCAAGAGGGUUGUACCAUUUGGUUGACAGGUUUGAGCGCUUCUGGAAAAAGCACUAUUGCAUGCGCUCUUGAGCAAUUGCUUUUGCAAAAAGGUGUUGCAGCAUACAGGUUAGAUGGCGACAACAUCAGAUUUGGCUUAAAUAAGGAUCUAGGAUUUUCUGAGAAGGAUAGAAACGAGAAUAUCAGAAGAAUCAGCGAAGUAUCUAAGCUGUUUGCUGAUUCGUGUACCAUCAGCAUAACAUCGUUCAUAUCUCCUUAUAGGAUCGACCGUGACGGAGCUCGUGAGCUACAUAAAGAAAGCGGUUUGAAAUUCAUCGAAGUAUUCGUGGAUGUUCCUUUAGAAGUGGCUGAGCAAAGGGAUCCCAAAGGCCUAUAUAAGAAGGCUAGAGAGGGUAUCAUUAAAGACUUCACCGGAAUCUCAGCGCCUUAUGAAGCACCUGAAAAUCCCGAGAUUCAUCUCAGAAGCGACUUGAAGUCAAUAGAGGAGUGCUCAGCCACUAUUUACGAGUACUUGCUCAAGGAGGGAUUGAUUAGACAAGAUUUAUAG